AGCAAAACUAUGUCAGGAAUGGAGCUUUGCUAAAAGCAGAAAAUUCGAAGGAGCGCAUUAAACUGGUGGAUGCAGCAGAUGUAAGCGCUGUGCAAACAUCUCCAACCCGUUCAGAUGUUGCUGUUUCCUCAGGUUGCAGGUCUAUGGAAAUGCAGGAUCUAACCAGCCCGCAUAGCCGUCUGAGUGGUAGUAGCGAAUCCCCCAGUGGUCCCAAACUCGAUAACUCUCAUAUAAAUAGUAAUUCCAUGACUCCCAAUGGCACCGAAGUUAAAACAGAGCCAAUGAGCAGCAGUGAAAUAGUUUCAACAACAGCAGACGGGUCUUUAGAAAAUUUCUCAGGUUCAGCAAUCGGGAGCAGUAGUAGCUUCAGCCCUCGACCGGCACACCAGUUUUCCCCACCGCAAAUUUAUCCUUCCAACAGACCAUACCCACAUAUUCUCCCUACCCCUUCCUCACAAACUAUGGCUGCAUAUGGGCAAACACAGUUUACCACAGGAAUGCAACAAGCUACAGCGUAUGCCACGUACCCACAGCCAGGACAGCCGUAUGGAAUUUCCUCUUAUGGUGCAUUGUGGGCAGGCAUCAAGACUGAAGGUGGAUUGUCACAGUCUCAGUCACCUGGACAGACGGGAUUUCUCAGCUAUGGCACAAGCUUUGGCACGCCUCAACCUGGACAGGCACCGUACAGCUACCAGAUGCAAGGUAGCAGUUUUACAACUUCAUCAGGAUUAUAUACGGGAAAUAAUUCACUCACAAAUUCCUCUGGAUUUAACAGUUCACAACAGGACUAUCCGUCUUAUCCCAGCUUUGGCCAGGGGCAGUAUGCACAGUAUUAUAACAGCUCUCCGUACCCAGCCCAUUAUAUGACAAGCAGCAACACCAGCCCCACGACGCCUUCCACCAACGCCACCUACCAGCUUCAGGAACCACCGUCUGGCAUCACCAGCCAAGCAGUUACAGAUCCUGCCGCAGAGUACAGUACAAUCCACAGUCCAUCAACACCCAUUAAGGAUUCAGAUUCUGAUCGAUUGCGCCGAGGUUCAGAUGGGAAAUCACGUGGACGGGGCCGGAGAAACAACAACCCUUCACCUCCACCAGAUUCUGAUCUUGAGAGAGUGUUCAUUUGGGACUUGGACGAGACAAUCAUUGUGUUUCAUUCUUUGCUUACUGGGUCCUAUGCCAACAGAUAUGGGAGGGAUCCACCUACUUCAGUUUCCCUUGGGCUUCGGAUGGAAGAAAUGAUUUUCAACUUGGCAGACACGCAUCUCUUUUUUAAUGACUUAGAAGAAUGUGACCAAGUUCAUAUAGAUGAUGUCUCCUCAGAUGAUAAUGGGCAAGACCUAAGCACAUAUAACUUUGGAACAGAUGGCUUUCCUGCUGCAGCAACCAGUGCUAAUUUAUGCCUGGCAACCGGUGUGCGGGGAGGUGUAGACUGGAUGAGAAAGUUGGCCUUUCGCUACCGACGAGUAAAAGAGAUCUACAAUACCUACAAAAACAAUGUUGGAGGCCUGCUUGGACCAGCCAAGAGGGAAGCUUGGUUGCAGCUAAGGGCUGAGAUUGAAGCCCUGACCGACUCCUGGUUGACACUGGCCCUGAAAGCACUUACACUCAUUCACUCCAGAACUAACUGUGUGAAUAUUUUAGUAACAACUACUCAGCUCAUCCCAGCAUUGGCGAAAGUCCUGCUAUAUGGAUUAGGAAUUGUAUUUCCUAUAGAAAAUAUUUACAGUGCAACUAAAAUAGGAAAGGAAAGCUGUUUUGAGAGGAUAAUUCAAAGGUUUGGAAGAAAAGUGGUAUAUGUUGUUAUAGGAGAUGGCGUGGAAGAAGAACAAGGUGCAAAAAAGCAUGCCAUGCCUUUCUGGAGGAUUUCCAGUCACUCGGACCUCAUGGCCCUACAUCAUGCAUUGGAACUGGAGUACCUGUAACAGCCAAAUAGCACUUUGAACCGCACAACCGCCCCUGUGACCAGGGUGCAAUCCAGCAGGCCUGAGUCUCACGUCAGCACAGACUCCAGAACUUAGUGACUUCGACAGCUUGACAUGCAGCUGCUGUGGGUCUUCACUUCUGCCCUGGUAGUAACUGAAGGACCACCUCUAUUUCUUCACAGCAGCUGUUGACUCUAGUACUGUGAAUCCCAUGAAAAUAAGCCAUGAGAAUGUUCUAGCACAGCACAGUGUGUCUUUGCCACAUUAAGUACAUGGUUCAAACCUGUGAAGAACGGACCUGCAAACGCUUACAUUUUUAGCAUCUUCAAUGUGACAUAAAGAGAUUCUCCAAUACAGCAAACUUGAUUGCACAACAGAAAACUGAAAUAUGUCUCCUGAGUACCAGUGGGGGAAUUUUCCUAUAAAGAAGGUUUACUUUUUGGUGUCUCAUACCCAGGGUAAUCUGUACAUCCCUACUUAUUUAUGAACAGACUUUUUAAAGAAAUAUAGUAAAACAGCUUUAUUGAGGUAUAAUUCACAUACCAGGUGGUUCACUCCAACAGACUUUUUCAACAUCAAAAGAAUCGAAGAGACAGUAGUCUAAGAAAUAAGCAGUUAAAAAGGCUUUUGCCUCACAACACAGCAAGUACUUUGAAUUUUAGCACAUUGCAAAGUAGUUUAAAAGUAUGUCUAAUUUAAACGUAUAAUAUGUACAUCACUGAGACAAUCAUGUACAGAAAGAAUUUUUGGUGUAAAUUUGUAAUAAUGGAUGAUUCUUUUACAUAUUGUUUAGGGAAAUGAUAUUGAAAGGUAGCGAUGCCUUGGUAGUGAAGUCUGAGGCAGUCUGCACACACGCAUGUGGGCUGCCUUAUCCAAGUACUGGGUAUAAAUAUGUAGAUAAUGGUUGGGCUGUUUUCUGUUUCUGGGUUGUUGUUGUUGGUUUUUUGUUUUGUUUCGUUUUGUUUUGUUUUGUUUUGUUUAGAUAAUGUUGUCAAGACCAAAAGCAUGGAUGUCAAGUGUCAAUAGAAUCUUGUUUUCCAAAAUUUUCCCCAGCAGUUCUGCUCGUGCUGUUAGGAAGGCCUUCAGAUAUUACACAGCAAGUAGUGUCUUAAAUCAUUUAAAGAGUUCUCUGACAACCUCACUGUUUUAUCUUCAAGACUCAUGUAUUACAUGUAACUACUUGGGGAAAAGUGAUGAUUCAAAUGUUUCUUCUCACACAAAAAAAAUGUAGACAAUAGAUUUAUUUUGUUAAUUAAAGUUUCAUGAAUUGGAAACUAGCAAAGCAGACUUUUCUAGGGCUCACAUGAUGGUGUCUUUAUUUUCUUGUUUAGAUAAAAUAGGCUAUAUCUGGAAAUCAGCAAAAAUUUACACUGUUUCCAAUAUUCCUGGUCUCUUUUUUGUCACACCCACUCCAACCCUCCCAGGAAAGGAGAUUGCCAGCAAUAGAUAUGGCCAGUCAUCACCUCUAUGAAAAGUGUGUUACUCUUUACCUACUUUGUAAAUUAUAUGACAGCCAUAAAUUCAGGGUGGGUUUGGAGUGGAAUUUUCACUUUUGUUCUA